AUGGAUACGGAAGUGUUCAAAGAUGAAGAAUUCUCUAAAGUCUAUCAGGAAAAGAUGUUUCCUCUUUCCAAAAAAGUGACAAACCUUAUUAUAGGCUUCUUGGAAGACAAGAAAGGACGACCCUUUGACCUGGCUGUAGACGCUGGAUGUGGAACAGGAAGAUCAACUCGGCCUCUGGCAGAACAUUUCUGCAAAGUGAUUGGAAUAGACAUAAGUGAGAGUCAGAUAAAUGAAGCAAAACGAUUUACACCACAAGAGAACAUCACUUAUCAGGUCUCCCCAGUUGAGAAGAUGCCAUUGGAAGAUGCCUCUGUGGAUCUAGUUAAUUCAAAUGCUGCUGCUCAUUGGUUCCCCAUAGACCAAUUCAUUCCAGAAGUAACUCGUGUACUAAAGAACAGAGGCUGUCUGGCAUUGCAUUGUCUGUAUCCCAAAUUUACCAUACAAUAUAAGAAUUGCUCAGGGACGUUAACAAACAUUUUUAAUGAGGUAAGAGUAGAUUUUGUAUGA